AUGCCCUGGCAGCCUCUCCCCCGCAUCGCGUUCGCCGUUGCGACCUACCCGUUCCCAGCCUCGAGUCCGGCCGACCUCCCGCUCGAAAUCGGCGAUGAGCUCUACAUCAUCGAAGAGACGCCAGACGGCAACUGGCUGCGAGGCUACCUGGUAGCCCCCCCCAGUCUGCUGGCCGGCCUGACCUCUGUCAAGGGUCAGACUCUGGAGGCUCGCGUCUUCAGUGGAAUCUUCCCCAGGAGUUGUGUCGAGGUCCGCGAGAUGCUUGGCGAGUCCGAAGAUGGCGACGACGACGAAGACGACGACGUGACGAGUGACGGCGCCACACACACAACCGCCGACCUCCGUCCCGCAAGCGACUCUGCUAAGAGCGGCGUUACCAACGGCUCAUCGCGCAAAAAGAGAAAGGAUGGGGACCGGCUAACGAGCUCGAGCAAGGGCAGAACCCCCUUCAAAGAACUCCCUAAUGGAACAUUGGGGAGCUUGUCCAUCCCCAUCAAGAGAGACCCCGAUGCGCCACGCCCUGCAGCCCCUGUCCCGAUGCUGAAGAUUGGAGACGAGACUCCAACGUCUGUAUCGGAGCCUUUGAUAGACGAAAUCGCAUCGUGCUUGCGAGAAUGGCACUCGACCAACCUUCACCAGCUCCUCCUCUCUCGGCAAUAUGGCCGCCUGGACCAGCUCUCUCAACUCAUCAGCAAUCUCAACCUCCACCGCCAACAAUUUCUCUACAAUGUCCUCACCGCACACGAAUACGAACGAUUACGAGAACAAACCGUCUGGGAUCUGGUUAGUGUGAAUAAGCUCUGCGGAGGCGAAGUCAUAGUCCGAGACCCUGAGGCUCGUGGCCGAAUCCUCACGGCCGACGAUUGUAUCGUCAAAGUCACAAAACUGCAGUCAAUCAUGAGUCUUUUGGACGAGCCUCCGCAAGCAGCCGUUGAACUGACAGCUUUGCACCACCUCAUGGUUGAUGUCAAGGGUUUUGCUGGAGCUUCAGUCGAGGAAACCUCCCUCCUCAUGUACCUUGUCAGUAAACCAUCUCACGACAAGCCUUUCUCCCUCUCAGAGUCCUUUUCUAUUGCGAUACCCCCUGGCGGCUCCAUUGGAAACUUGGCCAAGCACAUCCCGACCCGGACCCUUUUCACCGAUCUGUCCUCGCAGGAUGUCGGUGACGUUCCAUCUGCCGAGUCCGAACUCUUUCUGGUGGUCAAGGUCAUGGCCUCCCAACCGGUUGCAGCCGCCAAACCGCCCUCUCGAUCAGGGACUGCUCAGGCUGCAUAUCCAGGCUCACCCAUGAAGCCAACGUCUUCUGGUGGAGGCAAGUCUUCUAGGAGAAGCAUGAUGUGGGGUGGCAAGACCUCGCGUUCGGGUUACUCCAGGGGCUCUCCGGCAGUAGGGCGGUUGGAUUCAUUGACCGAGGACGACGAGCGACCACCGACGAACGGAAUGGAGAGCCGAGAAGGGUAUCUUCCCCCGAGUACUGCAGGUUCGAAGAAUGGAACCCCGGCAGAAACCGUCCAGAUGUCACAACGUGCCGUUGGAGUUGGUAUGUUGAGGCUCAACUCCAUCAUGAAGCAGCAAGAGGAGGUUGAACAUGUUAUGAGUAUUUGGGCGGAAUCACCAAGGUUUGUAAUUGAGAAAGAGGCCGGCGAUGAUUGGGAACCUCUGAUUAAGGAGCUACUGGAUAACCCGACAGGACACUUCGAGAAAUCGAGGAGAGGGGAACGGUUGCAGGUCCAGCUAAGGGGAUUCAAUCAUGGCGACGCAGACUCCUUGAUCAAAGCCACACCGACUCUGCUCUCUGGAAUUUCCAAGACGAGCAAAAUGGGCUUCUCUGGAGCACCCACGAAGCCUCGUUCAGACAUUUAUCUCACCCUCAACGAUGCAGUUCUCGCCAAGCAGAACCUCCUGUCCCGAUACGGCGGGAGUGCGAUAUCCAUGCAUACCAAUCUGAACGCAGCCAACCUGCAGAUCACUCUUGAAGUCAGGAAGACUACUGGAGAACGGAUAGAAAACUGCAUCUACACGUCAUCCAACACUGAGGCAUUGACUACCUUCAAGUCGCUGGUGACGGAGAGAGGCAGAUCCUGGGGGCAGACCUUGCGUCUGUCAUUGGCACUAGUUGAUGUCUCCAACUGUCAUGUGGUCAUGUUUCUCUCUGACAUGCCCAACCCCCCGUUCGCCGUUGCCCAUAUUCCGCUCUGGGAUCACCAGGCCUUUAUCCGUGACGGUCUACAUGGUCUCUUGCUCUAUAAGAUAGACGAGAAUACCUCGACGACGCAACCUGGCCCUUCUGGAAAGGGAGGAUAUCUAUCUCUCCAAUGGAGUCCUCGGGGCAAGGGUGAGCAUUCGGCUGACGUUACCGGUCCACUUGCCACCCUGCGUGUGGAGACAUACCUCUGCAGCACACGAUUUUCACAAGACAGGGUUAUUUUGGGGCUUCUAAAAUGGAAAGAGAUGCCCCGGGAAGAUGUCCCAUCAGUACUGCGGCAGUUGAUCUUCGUCCCCGAGAUUGAAGUGGUCAAGCUGCUCAACGACGUCUUGGACAGUCUCUUUGGCGUUCUUGUAGAGUUCACUGGCAAUGAUGAGUACGAAGACCUGGUCUUUACGGCCCUGGUUAGAGUCUUGGGUAUUGUUCACGACCGAAGAUUCAACCUGGGACCCCUGGUCGAUCAAUACGCGGAAACCCAGUUCAACUACCCAUUCGCCACCUCCUGUUUGGUUCGAUCAUUCACCCGACUUCUUCAAAAUCCUACUCACCCAGAGACUGCCCGAAAGCUGCGAGCCACCUUCAAGGUUGUCCGGCAUAUUCUCAAAUUCAUCACACACGCUCGAGGCCAGCAAAAGGAAAAGGAGGCUGGAAUAGGAAUCACCUCCAACACCACUGGUUUUACGCGCGAUCUCCGGGCAAUCUUCAAGGCUCUCGAUGCCAUGAUGCGAAACCCUGCCCCCGCCCUCGUGGGCAGCCAGACCUUGGCCGUGCAGCACUUCCAUCAAUGGCUUCCAGAGCUCGCCGGCCUCCUGACGACGGAGGAAAUCCUUCACAUUGCAAUCGACUUCAUGGACUCGUGUACCGACGUGAAGGGCAAGCUCAUCCUGUAUAAGCUCGUUCUUAUUAUGAAUUACGGCAAGCUAGACCUGUUUGCCCAUCCGGAUCAGAAGUCCGCCCUUAGCACCAACACUGUUCGAUGGAUCACCCCCCACUGGGGCCACGCCCCCGAGCUUACCGAUCAAUGGAGAGACCAGAUCCGCUUGUGUUGCUCUGUGCUUGCCAGUCAGAUUGACUACCUCGGGUCCAACAUUCCCGACCACGUCCCCAAGAUCAUCGACUCUUACCUGUUCAUACUCGAUGCACCUCCUCGACCAAGAGGACGUUUAUCUCUUUUGUUUCCAUCUACCUACCCAUUCCCUGCAAAACCUAUUACCGAUGACGUUCAUUUUGACGAAGCAUUGGUCGAACUUUCCGCUGUUUUAUCUGCUAUAUCCAACACCUCCUCUGGAAUGCAGGUUGAGUUGGCCGAUGAUGACCUUACUACGAUUCUAGAGAACCUCCUCCGAGUGCAAAUGAGCGUUCUGAAAGGGGAGGCGUACCCUUUAGAAUGGCUCAGUGUACAUAUUCACCACCACAAGUCGAUCAUGCGUACGCUUCAAUACUUAGCUAGCAUAAUGCUGGUUUCGUUCCUCCCUGAUCCUGAUGAUGCAGAGAGCUUCAACACCGAACUGUGGAAACUGUUUUUCACAACCCUGCUCAAGCUUGUGGGCAGUACAUCACUGGCCCUAGAGACGUUCCCGGAGCAGAAGCGAAGAGCAGUGUGGAAAAUUGCUGGCGAUGUCCGGGAGCAUGGCGCGGAUCUCCUGCGUAGGACUUGGGAGGCCAUUGGCUGGGAGACCACUGUGGAUGAGAGAUCUCGAUAUAGCCUCGCCAAGAUGGGAGGCUACCAAGUUCAGUAUGUUCCGACCCUCGUCGCACCGAUUGUCGAGCUCUGCUUGAGUGUGCACGAAGGCCUUCGGAGAAUGGCCGUUGAGGUUCUCCAGACCAUGAUUGUCAGCGAGUGGACUCUGAGCGAAGACCUGUCUGUCAUCCAGACCGAAACAAUCGAUUGCCUGGAUGCCUUUUUCAAGGAGAAGCCAUUGACCGAGAGCAUUCUGCAAAAGCUAUUCAUCGGGGAGCUUCUGGAACGCUUUGAACCACUUGCAGAUAUUCCGGACGAGCCGCUGUACACUGCUGUGCGCGAACUUAUUGGGACCUUUGACGAGUUCCUCGAUCUUCUGGUUGCGGUUCACAGCAGCGACGGCACUGGCGAAGCAACACAUCUCAUCAACCGACUCCGGCUCAUGGAGUUCCUCCGCGACAUGCAGAAGGAGGAGAUAUUUGUCCGAUAUGUUCAUCAACUUGCAGAGCUUCAAGCCGAAUCGAAGAACCAUGCGGAAGCCGGCUUGGCACUCCGUCUUCAUGCCGAUCUUUACGAAUGGGACCCUGUCAUCCAAACUCCUGCUCUUCCCGAUCCUUCGUUCCCUGCACAGACCCAGUUUGAGCGCAAGGAGAGGAUCUAUUUUGACAUGAUCAAACACUUCGAGGAAGGGGAGUCUUGGAGCAAUGCUUUGGCAGCCUACAAGGAAUUGCAAGCACAAUACGAGACCAACACUUUCGACUUUGCCAAGCUGGCUAGGACUGAGCGGGCCAUUGCGACCAUCUACGAAAGGAUUUCCAAGAGCGACAAGCUCAUUCCCAAGUACUUCAAGGUUGCUUACAAAGGACUGGGCUUCCCUGCCAAUGUUCGAGACAAGGAAUACGUCUACGAGGGGUCACCUACCGAGCGAGCCUCUGCAUUCACCGACCGCAUGCAAGAGCAAUACCCUUCAGCCCAGAUUGUUACCGGUGGCGAUGUGGAUGAUGUCGAGGGACAAUUCUUGGUCAUCUCGGUUAUUACGCCUCACCGCGAUCCAUCUCACCAGGUAUUCCAGCGAGCGCGUGUUCCACAAGUGAUCCGGGACUUCCUACUAUCUUCACACCCACAGAGCUUCUCCGUUUCCACGAAACGUAGCACGGCGGGCCCUGUCAAGGAGCACUACGCUGAAAAGGUCGUGUUCACCACCGCCGAUCCGUUCCCUACGAUCCUUCGACGAAGCGAAGUUGUUGAUACCCAGGAGGUCAGGCUUGAUGCGCAUGAGACGGCGUUGGAGCGAAUCGUACGCAAGACGCAAGAGAUGACGGCUCUCGAACGUCGCGUGGCGGACGGGGACUAUGACAAUGCGCAGCUAUUACUCGAUGCUGUGACCGUUUCAGUCAACCUCACUUCGGAGAAUAGUGUUGCUUGCUAUCGCCAGUUGCUUCCGGAGCCCAAGGAAGAAGAUGGCGAGGACGAGGAUGACGAUGAGGAGGUAGAAGAAGUCCAACUGAGUCCACAAGAUAGUGCUGUCAAGAUGGCGCUCGUUGACCACGCCAUCAUGAUCAAGAGGUGCUUGGCAAUGUUUUCUCGAAGUUCAAAUGAGCUCCUUAGCCGCAAUCAGGAGGAGCUACAGAUUUUCUUUGAGAGCAACUUUGCCCCCGAGAUCGCGUACUUCGCCCCUCCGCAACCGCAACGGGAGACGAGCACCCCUUCGCCGACAUGGAAACGGGCGUCACAUUCUGAGAGCCCCAGACAGCCAAUCAAUGGGACACCAAUUAAUGGCGUCACUACCGAGGAGGCAUCCGUAAUUAGGCCAGUUUCCAUGCGACAAAAAGGUGCACGAUUGAGCUUCCUGGGCGGAAAGAAGAUGCAGCUCGACCUGCCUCCUGAGCCGGAGGAGAAGGCUGUUGAUGUAGACACAUCAAGCACCCGCAGCCGCUCUUUCAGCAAUACCCAAAGCAGAGACAACCGACGGCAUAGUUUUUUCCGAACGCAGUCUCUCGAGGACAAGCAUCAUGACAACCAUCACGGGGGCUUCGGUGGUAGAGGGAGUUUCGAGGUUCAUGUUGAGCCAUUGAAUGACAAGCCAACCGAAAAAGCCGGUGGCGGCUUGACCAAGAAGAACAGUGUGCGAAAGAGGUUCAGCAUGCUUAAGCUGGGCAAGAAGACCAGCAAAGGCACCGGGAUGAGCAGCUUGGACGAGGAGUAG